AUGAGCUCACGGAAGAGGAUGAGCAUCGGGAGCUUUAAUCUGGCUAAGUCUAGCCCCACGGAAGCCGUUAAGAGUAAUAAAGCCACCAAACGGCGCUCCUCGAUCUCGUCGUGGGCGGUGGGUAUUUCGGGGGCGUUGAACCGAUCGCUUCAGUCAGCCGCGGCCACGGCUGAUAGGUUCGAGAGGAGGCUCUUCGCAGAGUAUGACGAGCAGAUGGAUGAGGACGGCAGCGACGCGUAUGGGAUGCUGUGCGCGCAGCGGGGACAAGGGCAGCGGGCGGAGUUUGAAAACCGGUACAAGCACCUCGUGGAGACGCUGGGCGACCUUAGCCUGGCGGCCGAUAUUGACCCCGAGGCGGCAGCCACCCUCCUCGACGACAGCCGUGCCACGGAAGACCUCGACAACAUGCUCGCGCUGCUGAGGGCAGAGGAGCGGCAGAACUCGCGUGCGGAACAGUCUCGAGGCAGCGGCGGCGGGCCCUCCGACGGUAAAGGCGGCAGUGCCGAAGGCAGCGGCGGUGGCGAUCUGCUGGCAACUCCGUGCCUCGAGUUCUUGCUGGAGGAACGGGUCGUCAAGCUGCUCUGCGAGCUGGGCGCCGCGGACAGACCGGCGGGGACCCUGGCUCUCGUCCUCGGGGCGAUCGCCUCCCUGCUGGGCCAGAGGUUGGAAGGGGCCGGGGGAAGCAGCAGGGCGGGGAAGGGUCGACCGCAGCUGGGCAGCGGCCAGCGUCGAAUGCUGAGCAGCAGCAUCAGUAGAAGCCGCGCCUCCUCCUCCGGCGUUGCGCAGGGGAGGGCGCGGGCGCGAGUCCAGGCGAACCUCGCGCGCCUUCUCGGAGCGAUAUGGCGAAAGCUGAGAGAAGAGAGCGCGUUGCUCGAUUUCUUCCUACGCGCGGACGAUACCCCAGACCCGCGAAGCGAUGGAACGACGGCGACGGGGGGGGGGGGCGCUCUGCGGCUAGACGUGUUCGACAAGCUCCUGCCGCUGCUGGAGCUACCAGGGAGGGCGGGCCAGCAGGCUCGGGAGGCCUGUCUGGUGGCGCUGAGUGUCAAGGACCCGCGAGUCGGCCGGUACAUCGCCGGCAGCACGCAGCUUUGCGCGCAGCUCGCGCAGACCCUCACUUCCCGGUACCUGGCGCUCUACGACACCCUGGAGGAGCUCCAGGUGGCGGCGGAGCUACCCACGGGGAAGGAGGAGGGCGGGGCGGGGGGAGUCGCGGGGAUAUUGACGCAGCAGCAGCCCGAGCGGGCGGAGGCGACGUUCACCGAGGCGCUGUCGCUGUUUCUUCAGCACCUGCGGUUCUGCAACGCGGUUGGGCUCGUUGCGGCGGACACGCGGGCGUGCUUGCGGCCUACUUUGGGGUCGAACGCCAGCAACAAUUGCGGCGGCGGUUCUGCCGUCGGGUCCGCCGCUCCACAAGAAGGCAGUGACGUCAUCACGGCGCGCGGGGAAACGGACGCAAAUCGCGCCUCCGCGGAACCAGACGACGGAGUAGCGGCUUCGUUAGCUUCUCAGGUGCGGCACUUGCUCCUGAGCAACGCCAUCGGCCCGGCGCUCACGAGCGCCCUCGAGACUCGAGCUAGGUGGACGACAACAAUCGCGGCGCGAACGAUGGCCGAGCUCUCGGCGGGAGCGGAAGGGUACGGCGUCGCGGUGGCCGGGCUUGCGGCUUCUGUCCAGGAGGGUGGCGGGGGCCGGCGGCCACUCGGGCCUCUCGUCGACACGGUUUCGACCUUCCUGCUGCGCGUGUCCACGCUCGAGCUCCUGGGGUCGUUGGCAGAGCUUCGGGAUGACUGCGUCCUCCUCGACCUCGUCUUAUGCCCGGGGUCAGAGCCCCUGACACCGGCAGCAACAACAGGGGACCGACGGUAUCCGCGGAGCGAGAAAGGAGGAGGUGGACAGAGGUGGAGCGUCGAGGCUCUUCUUGACGACGGGCAGGGCGCACUGGAGGGGCUCCGUGUUUCGCGCGCCAUGGUGGACUCGUUCGGGUCUGCGUUUGGCGGGUCACCGAUCCACCCCAACUUUCGCCUGUUCUCGGCGUCUUCGCACCUCAGCUUGGAAGGCUAUCUCGUUGCGGCGCAACAGAGGCAGAUCCACCAGCUAAUGGAGGGUGCCCGAGGGGGGUGCUCGUCGGGGGAGGGGGAGAGGGGGGGCGGGGGGGCGGCAGCAGACGUCGAUACGGACAUGCUGGACAUGGUUGUCGGCAGCGAUGGAGGGAAGGUGCUGGAGGCGGUGGCGGCGGUGGCGGCAGCGGAGGAAGGGGAAGAGGGAGGGGCAGCGAGUAGAGGCUGCAGUCGCGGUGCCUCGGAAGGGGGGGAGUUUGGGGAGUUCGACGCCGCUGCCUUUGUGCGGGAGCACGGGGACACUCUGGCCAGCGCGGCCGAUGCCGAUGGCUCGUUCCUCCGCGCCCUCUUCGAUUGCCUCGAGGCGGUCUUCGAGAGAAGCCUGGAGGAGAACCUGGAGGUUACCGGAGUGCUGAGCAGCCUGUGCCUGGCGGCCACUGCUGCCGAGGUGUCCCCGGUGCGUCGCCUCCUGUUGCUGCUGCUCUUCGACGGCACCCAGGAUGCUCCUUUCCGCAGCAUGCGGCGGAUCUUGGAAAAGCUGUGGGCCUCCGCCCAGGAGCGCGUCGCCUCCCUGCCGAACGCCCCGCGUCUGUUGGCGCAGGCCCGAGCCUCUCUCGGCAUGCCCGCGAUCGGCGAUUCAGAAGAGACGGCCGAUGUCGCCGGGGUGACGGGAACGGCGCGGGGGGGGAGGCAGGGCAGCCGGGGCAUGAGAGAAGAGCUCAGCAAUUCCAAAAGGCGGCAACAGGGGGAGGCGGGGGGUGGUGGGGAAGCAGAGAACGAGGAGGACAUCGACGAGCUGCCGACUUCGCUGGAUGAGCUCCUUAAGGAAGCUGCGUUUCCCACGUUUGUGUCGCCUCCCGUCUUGUGUUGAAAACCUGGGCUUCCGUGGCUCGAUUUGGCUGAUGGAGUUCUGGUCGCGUAACGCGUGAAUUGUCUGUUAAGAAUUGUAAUACUUGUAAGUGGGGUGGGGUGGGGUGGGGUGGGGGGGGCAGUGAGAGAUGUGUCCCCAGCAUCUCCCUCCGCACCGUGUUAGAUGUACAUUAGGACCCCUGUGACUUGUCGAGUGCCCUUUGUCGUUCAGGCGUGUGAACUGUUAUCCUCGCUUUUGUGCUCCCAUUGAUACAGAGUCGUCGAAAACGAUUUUCUGAGGUUGCUCGGUAGUGUGUUCUCAUUUUGGGUACAACACCGGCACCAAACCAUGCCGCGACAUAUCAUACACACCAUGUGCGAUUUUUUUUGUCAGAACAAUUGCCGCCGGAUGUUGUAACUGACAAGAUGACGAACGAAAGACGUCAUGCAGUUGUUCUGAGAAUUUCGUGUCCACCUAUAUAUCCCGCAUUUCGCACGGACGCCUAUAUCUUGAGGACCUAGGUAGUCGGCACAGCAGUUUCGUGAUGUGUACUCGCUCUUGGUGUUCUCAAAAGUAAAUUUACGAAGUACGUGUCAGUAGCUCGUGAUCUCAUUGGUGGACGUGCGUAAGUCCGUUCUGAUCUAUGUCUGAUAUAUGAAUGCAAGGCGGGCGGUGGUUGCUUUUUUUCUUGGAGUUGCAAUUGCAACCUCUUGGCCGUUUUGGAAUCGGUCGUUUUUUUCGUGGUUUUCGAUAGCUCGUGGUACGCAUACAAACGAUUUAGGAGACGCGAAGGCACACGACGCAUCGCCACCCUCCUUGUAGGAAAAUCAACCCCAAAGCUGGCACGGACGGGUCGGUCUUACGUUCACCCAUUACCCGCUGGAAGACGGCUUGUCUUCUUGCCGUGAUGCUCUUGCCACGCACCAAUGAAAACGUGUUUUCUAGACUACGUUGUCGUGUAGUACGAUAAUUCCGUGUCGUGCACAUGCUAUUAUGUCGAGGAGGGGGGGGGAGGGGUCGUGUUGUUUUGUGUUCUGCUCGGUUAUGGUGCGGGUUGUGGAGAGCAUGUCUGCCUACACAGCUACAUGUGUACCUUUCACGCGCAAAGGGUUGGUUGAUAUUGAUAGCCGCCACCACUUCUCAGUCUUGUUGCGAUUGGUUUUACGUUGGUGAAGGUGAUGCUGCCGUUGCUGCAGUUUUCGCGGUGUUGUGUUUGCGGUGACGCACGUCUAUCUCUGCUUCUCCUCUUGGCCUGUGUGCCUGCGUGUACCAUGAAGGUAUUUCGCAUUUGCUUCUUCCCUCCCUCCCGUGGUUUCUUGUUCCUUUUUUGCUGUGUGCUGUCGCUCCGGCUGGAGAAACCGGACUUACUGUUUUGUGUAAACCCACCGCAAAAUGCGUUGCGCAAAAUGCUCAAGGAGGUUCUUUUUUGACGGGGUAAAUUGACGAAUAUGUGCCCUCGGAACCCUGAUAGAGUUUUGUUUUGAGACAGAAGAGGAGACCUUGUCGCGCGAGGGUGCGGGAUGUACUACUGGUACUGCCGUCGUACGUGGUUUAUAAUGUCCUUGGUUCCUCUGCGAUGAACACGGGGUCGGUCGGGGAUUUGUGAUUUGAAACUGCUGUAUGCAUACGUAAAGAGACAUAGAGAGGGGCAGAGAGAACGAAAGGUAUGCAUACAUGCGUAGCUCCAUU